UCGUAAAUAGUGUGGAUUUAAUCUAUGAAAUAACACAACAGCUUAAAGUCCGAGGGUUUUAUAAACAGGCUUACAAACUGGAUUGCAGAAGAAGAAUUUUGGAAAUUGUAAGGCACCCUUUGAAAAUAAUAAAAACUAUCAAUCAUUUAGAUAUGGCCACCAACGAAAGAGUACUACUCUGCAAUGUUUGCCAAAACAGACACCUUAAUACGUCAGCAGAAGAAUAUUGUCCACAAUGUGAAGAGGCUCUGUGUCGAGACUGUAGAGACCAUCAUAAGGCAUCGAAAUUACUCAAAUCGCAUCAGACAAUCUCUAUUGAAAAUUAUCAAAAAUUACCAUCAUUUAUCAAGGAAAUAAAACAAAACUGUGAGGAACAUGACUGCUUCCUUGAAUUUUAUUGCAAAUCUCAUGACUCUCUUUGCUGUAAACUUUGUUCGAUAUCAGCUCAUAAGGAAUGCACGGACAUUAUUUUCGUUGAACAUUUUCUUACGCCUUCAAAAGGACACCAAUCAGUACCUUUGGAUAACAUUGAAAAAGUUCUGAAAGAUCUGGAAAGUAACAUUUCUACUGCUAUAAAGGACAGAAGGCGAAACUUGACAGAGUUACGUGAACAGAAGCAAGUGAUUGUAAAAAAUAUAAAAGAAAAACGCCAACAAAUACUUAUGCUUUUAGACCAUUUAGAAGAGGAAGUUCUAGAAAAAGCAUCUAGAAUGGAAAAAAAUAACAGUCAGAAAAUAGAAGAAGUGAUUGCAAAACUCAAUGAAGAAAAAAAGAAAGUAGACGAAGUUCAAAAAGACGUUGAAUCUGUAAAACUGUUUGCAUCAAAUCUGCAAAUCUUCAUGGGAAUAAAGGCAUUCAUAGAAAGUGUUUCCAUCAAUGAAAUUAACGUCCAGAAAUUGUAUGAUAAUGGGAGUUUAAACAACGUAUCAUUACAAUUUACGUUCAAUGAAAAGCUAGAAGCGAUUAUCAAAGAAAUAAAUACACUUGGAGGUAUGAAGAUGGAUUCUUCUGAAAAGCAUUUUUCAUAUUCAUGGAAAAGUGACCAAUCAGCGCAAAUUUAUAAAUCUACUUCAGGACCGACAUCGAUUGAAGAAAUACACGUCAAGCUAGUACAAAAGAUUAACAUUGGUCGUAAUUAUCUAACAGGAUGUGCCAUAUCAGAAGCUGGAAACAUGUUAUUUCUACAAGCUCACAAUAAUAAUCUGCUUACAUAUUGUCCUAAUGGUGAAUUAAAUUCCGAAUCAUGUAUUAUACAUGAGCAAACCGCUAUUGGUUACGACCUGGCAGUGGUUGAUUCACAAACGGUGGCCGUAUCAAGUGGCGGAAAUCAUCCAACAAACAUUCACUUUAUUGAUAUGAAUAAUGCAAAAUUGCUCAAAGUGAAUGACCUCAGCGACUGGUGUUAUGGCUUAAGCUGUCACAAUGGAUUGCUUAUUUGUUGCACACAUCAAAAUGGAAUUAAACUAUAUGACACGUCUCAAAAACAAAAUAACAUCCGUAUAUUACCUUCUGCCCCUAUGGACGUAGAUGAGACGUACGUUACCUCAAAUGAAAAGAACAUUUUUCAUUCCAACUGGCGUACUAAUUCCGUCGUAUGUUACAAUUACAAUGGACAGGUACAAUGGACAUAUUCUGAUUCAUUGCUUAGAAAACCAUACGGCAUAACUUUAGAUUCAUAUUCCAACAUAUAUGUUGCUGGGUCUGAAUCAAAUAAUGUUGUAGUGAUAUCUAAAGAUGGAAAACAGGCCAAACAGCUCAUUGGAGCUAGUGAUGGAAUUUUUAAUCCUCGUGCCGUAUAUUUCCAUAAAACCAAAAACGUACUUCUUGUUGCUAACUAUCAUGAAGUUGCCUUUCUGUUUGACGUUAAAUGCAGUAAACAUUCUGCUGAUUGA